GCGCCAAUUUGGAACUUGGGCCAAUUCGCCCAUCUUGGGGAACCCCUCCCGCGCCAUGCGGGCGGCGCCGAAGUCGGCGCCGAAGUCGGCGCUGAAGUCGGCGCCGAAGUCGGCUCCGAGCAAGGCGAAUUAUGGGCCCUUCAAGUCCCAGCCCAGCUUGAGGCCCAGUGCUCGGCCCAGCGCACGGCCGACGGAGCCGACUCGGCCGACCAGGCCAACUGGGCCCAGCAGGCCCCCUGCCAGACCCACCACGCCUCCAACGCCUCCAGCGGAGGAGGCGACGUGGGAGUCCGACUGGGACGCCGGAUGGGCAGAGCCGCCGAGCUCGUGGGAGCCCUACGAGCCGAACGAGCCGAACGAGCCGAACGAGCCGGAAGUAGAACCUGUGUCGUGGGUCAGUGUACCUGGUGAGAGCCUUUUGGUGACGCAGGGCUACCACGAGACGGGCCCUGCGGUGCUGCACGAUCCGGGCAUCCAAACUCUGCUGAGUGAUUCAAACAGCCUCCUGUACGAGCUGGCAGGUGAUGAGCUGUUCAACCAGAUCACCUAUCAGCACGAUCAUGACUGGUCGCUGUUCCCAGAGAUUGGCCACUCCUUGAAGCAGCUUGGCUACGGAGAGGUGGCGAUUUGCCUGGCCAUUUGCCCCAACAUUGCGCUGUGGGCAGUGGGCAUGGCUGGCCAGCAGCGAAAGCGGAUGCAAGCAGCAAGGCUGGCGCUGUGCGUGGCGUUCGCAGCCACCGGCCAAGCGCCGGAGAUCGUCUCCAGGUCGCCAGACUUCAUGCAGCUUUGCCAACGAGCUGACGUCAGCAUGGAGGGUUUGCCAGCUGCUAGCAGUGGCCGAAAGUGGAAGAAGGCAAACGCAAAGGAAAACGGCCACUCCGAGGAGUGGAAUGAGGACUGGAAGAACGGCAAGGAGAACUGGAAGGACAGGAAAAAGGAGAAGAAGGAGGAAUGGAAAAAGGAGUGGAAAGAGGAGUGGAAGGAGAAGGAUUGGAAGGAGGAUUGGAAGAAGGACUGGAAAAAGGACUGGAAUGAUUGGAAGGAGGAGAGGGCAGAAGGCCCUGAGGCGGAAGCGGAUGCCAUCGACGCGGAGAUCGAGGCGGCAGCUGCGGCGGCGGCGCAGGACGCGGAGGCGGAGGCGCCGGCGGCGCCGGCGGAGCCGGAGGCGGAAGCCGAGAUGCCGGAGCCGGAGGCAGUUCCGGAGCCUGCGCCCAAGCGCCCGCGAAUGGAGAAGCCCAUCCCUCGAGACAGCCCGCUUUGGCUGUUCGUGGAGAACCCACCAAAGGAGCUCGAGGGCUACAUCCUGGAGACGCUGGUGAUGGCUUCCAAUGGCGGCAAAAGGAGAUCGCUGUAUGCCCAAGCGGAUGGAGCUUUGCAAGCUGUGCUGGGCAGCGCCGCCAGCGAGGUGACCUGCCGCGACGCCGACGCCAGCGCAUGCCCAGAGGUGGGCAGCGCAUUGAAGCUCCUGGGUGACAAGGAGGAGCCCUUCACCCUGGCCAUGUCCCCCACCCGCUCCCUCUGCGGCAUCGGCGUGGCCGCGACACGUCAGGUGCGGUCGAGAGCUGCGAAGCUGUCCCUCACCACCUUGAUUGCGCUGCAGAUGGCGGAGAACGGCGAGGACAUUCCUGACCUCUCCGAGGCCACGGAGGUCGCUGAUUUCCUAGAGGAGGCUCGAGUUGCCAAAGAUGCGCUGCUGCAUUCCUGAAUUGGUUACACAAGCCGCAAUGAAGUGAAUGGGCCGGAAAUGCCGGGUUACGUAGGCUGCGCCGUGUAGCUUCAGUUGCACUGCGCUGGCCGAUAGUCAAAGAGACAGGCGUG